CACAGCAAGUCUUGCUCCUCCCCAUGCUCCCCAGAGCCGCCCUCUCAGACUUUCCAUCCCCCCAGCAGCCAGGCGCCCCCUUGCCGCUUCCCCGCAGGGGCGCAGCGCCUUGCCUUGCGGAGACGGCCGUGUUCCUGUCGCCGGGGCCGGGGCGCUGUGCUGAGGGCUAGGGAGAAGCCUGGCGGCGGGGGUGCGGGGUGGGACAGGGGCUAGUCCGCUUCCCCGCCCCAGCCCGGCCAGGCCCGACUGUGUUUACCCGCCUCUCCUAGUAACCGGCGGCUGCGGGCCCGUCCCCAUAGCAACCCCGCCGGCAACGGCAGCCAGCAGAGCCGGCAGCAGAGGGGCCAGAGCCGGAGCGGGGCAAGGAGCCUCCCGCUGCAUGUCCCCAGUGAGAGAAGACACUUAGGCCUCUAUUGACUCAUAGGGCUCCCGCCCCCAAGCACACAUCGUUGAUAUUAGCUGAAAGCAUGGGAGUGGCACUGACAAGAGCAGCUCAAUGGACCUCGGCUGGUUCUGGAACCGGCACACUAGAACUCACCCCUUUGAAUGAAUCUCUUCUAAAUGACAUAAUUAAGUUUGCAGAGAACUUCAGCUCUAGACAUCCUCAAGAAGCAGUAUUUGUCUUCAGAGAACCACUUGAAUGGAAAACACAAUUGGAUUAUUCAAUAUUUGAAUUAGGUUAUGAGAUCAGUGGAACAACUGUUCAGUCAGAAGAAAGAGACAAAGAUGGUCAACCAUUGCUUCUCCUCACUGCCUCAACUAUCAGAGUACGCAGUUUUAGCCAACUCUCUCGUUUGCUACAUGUGGCUAUGGAAAAAAAGUUAAAGGAAGCACAGGCAUGCCUUCAAGCCAAUAGAGAUCCUAUAGUGAAAAUUCUUGGCCCGGGAUAUGGGACCAUUGAAGGAGAAGAUAUGUCUAUGCUGCGCUUGCUGGAUAGAAUGAAAAAAGAUGAUGAUCCUGAUACAGAGAUUAAAAUGAAGAUCUCUCUUCUUCUUCAACAGCUGGAUAUGCAACUACUUAACAGUUCUUUAAAACAUAUUUCACAAGAGGUGAGAUUAAGUCCAACUGCUGUAAAAAAUGAAGUGGAUCUGCUCAAACAUUUCUCUGGAGAAGGAGAAGAUACUGUGCUGGAAUCUCUUGAAUAUACAUCAGAUUAUGAAUUCUCCAAUGGAUGUCGAGCCCCACCUUGGAGACAAGUCCAUGGGGAAAUUUGUUAUUUGAUUGUUAAACCACAUGACACUGAUCCUUUGUAUAUCACUUGCAGCACAGCAGGAGUGUUUUUAAAUGGAGGUAGAGGAAAGGAGAAAGAUGAUAUUGACUAUGAGAGAAAAAGUGACAUAUGUAAAGAUCUUAUAACAUUAUUAAGGGAAAGAUCACCAAAAUUUGUAGAGAAUAUGGCUAAACAGGAUUAUACUUUUUUUGAAGAACCAACGUAUGAAAAGCAUUAUCACCAUAUGGAAAUAGUUGAUGCUGAGGAUGUAGGCCAAUCCCAAAAGUUUUACGAUUAUUCAGAAAAGAAUGUGUUUGAGAAGACGAAGAGUCCUCUUGUAAAAAGCAAACCCAUUGACAAGAAAUUAGAACCAUCUCUGAAGUGGAAGAACGUUGGGCUUCCUGCUUCCCAGGAUGACAAAGCUGCAAACAAAGUUAUCCAAGAAGAAAAAGAAAACAGAUCUAUUGUUCCAGAAAGCAAGAAAAAAGCCAAUAUCCUUCCCCCUGGACCUAUUAAAGGACAAUCAGUUUCAAAACGUAAAGUGUCAGAAAAAUCUGAUGAAAUUAGUGAAAGUUCUUCUGAGAGUGAGGAAGAUGAAGAACAGCCUGAACGUCACCAGGAAGGGAACACUGAUUUGCCAUCUGAAUACUGGCAAAUUCAGAAACUAGUAAAAUACAUAAAGGGAGGUAACCAGACAGCUACAGUAAUUGCAUUAUGUUCAAUGAGAGAUUUUAACUUGGCUCAAGAAACUUGUCAACUGGCCAUCAGAGAUGUUGGAGGUCUUGAAGUACUAAUUAAUUUACUUGAUACAGAAGAAAUUAAAUGCAAGAUUGGUUCUUUAAAAAUCCUGAAGGAAAUUAGUCAGAAUUCACAAAUCAGACGUACAAUUGCUGAUUUUGGGGGCUUACAAAUUAUGGUGAAAAUACUAGAUUCUCCAGAUAAGGAUCUGAAAUGUUUGGCAGCUGAAACGAUUGCUAAUGUUGCCAAGUUUAAAAGAGCACGAAGGACAGUAAGACAGCAUGGCGGAAUCAAGAGACUAGUUGGGCUACUGGACUGUGUUCCAUUGGGAUCAGCCAAUCUGACUCCACAUCAGGAAAAAGAUAUUGAAGUAGCACGCUGCGGGGCUUUGGCGCUCUGGAGCUGUAGCAAAAGCACCAAAAAUAAAGAAGCAAUUCGUAGGGCUGGAGGCAUUCCAUUGCUGGCUCGGUUGCUAAAGUCCCCACAUGCAAACAUGUUAACACCUGUGGUGGGGACAUUACAAGAGUGUGCAUCCGAGCCAAGUUACAGACUUGCAAUCAAGACAGAGAGGAUGAUUGAAAACCUUGUGAAAAAUCUGAGUGGUGAAAAUGAGGAACUUCAGAUGCAUUGUGCCAGUGCUAUCUUUAAGUGUGCAGAAGAUGAGGAGACACGUGACCUAGUUAGGCAUCAUGGAGGCCUACAACCACUUGCUACUCUGCUCAGUAACUCUGAAAAUAAAGAACUGUUAGCAGCAGUGACAGGAGCAAUCUGGAAGUGUGCAAUCAGCAGAGAAAAUGUGACCAAAUUUCGGGAAUACAAAGCCAUUGAAACUUUGGUAGUACUACUAACUGAUCAACCUGAAGAAGUCCUUGUGAAUGUGGUUGGAGCAUUAGGGGAAUGUUGUCAGGAGCCGGCAAAUAGAGCUAUUAUCCGGAAAUGUGGUGGCAUCCCACCCCUAGUUAAUUUACUUACUGGAACCAAUAAGGCACUUCUUGUGAAUGUCACGAAAGCAGUGGGAGCUUGUGCAACAGAACCUGAAAAUAUGAUGAUAAUUGACCGCUUAGAUGGAGUUCGUUUGUUGUGGUCCUUAUUGAAAAAUCCUCAUCCAGAUGUUCAAGCAAGUGCAGCGUGGGCUAUCUGUCCCUGCAUUGAAAAUGCUAAGGAUGCUGGAGAAAUGGUUCGCUCCUUUGUUGGUGGCUUGGAACUGAUUGUCAAUUUGCUAAAAUCUGAGAAUAAAGAAGUUUUAGCAAGUGUAUGUGCUGCUAUUACCAACAUAGCCAAAGAUGAAGAGAAUUUAGCUGUUAUAACAGAUCAUGGUGUUGUUCCUCUGUUGUCCAAACUAGCAAACACAAACAAUGACAAAUUAAGGCAUCAUUUAGCAGAGGCCAUUUCUCGUUGUUGUAUGUGGGGAAGUAACAGAAUUGCCUUUGGAGAAACCAAAGCUGUGGCCCCUUUAGUACGUUACUUGAAAUCAAAUGACACAUCAGUUCAUCGAGCUACUGCUCAGGCCUUGUACCAACUUUCAGAGGAUCCCAAUAACUGCAUCACCAUGCAUGAAAAUGGAGUAGUGAAGCUUCUACUGGGUAUGGUGGGCUCUACAGAUGAAACCCUACAGGAAGCAGCAGCUGGUUGCAUAGCAAACAUCCGCAGAUUGGCUCUAGCUACAGAGAAGGCAAAAUAUGGUUGAUGCCUCAACCAGUUUUACUGGCUCCUGUGUUUUACACACUGCAAGACAUUUGAAUAUGUAACUACAUGGACUACCUAAGUUUGAGAAACAUUUAUUUGAGGAUAUUUUUAAAGCCUACUAUCUAAUUAAAAUACAUGUGUUUCAGAAUGGAAAUGUACUUGAUAGCAUACUCAUUCUGUAUGCUUUUAAAAAGGUUUUCAGUUAUUUUAUCAUCUAAAAAGUACUUAAAACACAUUAAAAUAAUUGUAUGAGU